CUUCAUCUGGCCGAGUGGCCACCCACCACACUCAAGGGAGCCAGAACGCAGUGCGGUGAUACACGAAGGCGAAGCCAGUCACUUGGUGGCGUCAUCCCUUUAACAUUAGCAAUGCGCGUCGGAGUAUCAGCUGUGCGGGUGCAGGGUCUACUGGUCAGGUAGCCGAUCACAACAAAAGAGGAGGUGUAGUCUGCGCUUCCGCUAUUAUUCUGACAACCAUCAAUGUGUUCGGCUCUAGGGGGUUUCAUUGAAGAUAUCGAAGAUAAGGUCGACUUUCUUCUCCUGGAGUGAUACGUAGGCUAAUUGAGAAACAACCGACAGCCUACCUACACGGGGGUGAACGACUCGCACACCUCUGAAUUUGCGUGGAGCGCAUAUAAGUAGGAGAACGUGCGCGCUAACCACAGGGCGAAGCCUUUCAACUGCUCACAGGCGGCGAAGAUAGCUUUUUCUCAGGCAUCACUUCACUCUCGCAUCGGAUCAGCGGCAGAAAAGAUAUUGUGAAGGCGAAGACGGAAUAACGCCGACCUCCUUACAGUCUGAAGCGUUUUGGGGGUGACAAAAUUUGAUCGUGCGCUGACCGAUUGGAAUCCCUGGUUCAGUGAUGGCCAGGGUCAACCGAGAACCUGCCAACGGAUCCUGGAAAAAGCAGGUCGAUGACAUCCACACAAUAUUCGAGUUCAAGGAGACCCUUGGCACCGGGGCGUUUUCUGAAGUGGUGUUGGCAAAGGAGAGGGCCACGGGGGAUCGCUACGCCGUCAAGUGUAUCCCCAAGAAGGCUCUGAGGGGGAAGGAGAGCAGCAUUGAGAAUGAGAUCGCCGUGCUCAGAAAGAUCAAGCAUGAGAACAUUGUGGCCCUGGAGGACAUCUAUGAAAGCUCUCAUCACCUUUACCUCAUCAUGCAGUUAGUGUCCGGAGGGGAGCUGUUUGAUCGCAUUGUUGAGCGGGGCUUCUACACGGAGCAGGAUGCCAGCACACUCAUCAAGCAGGUCCUGGACGCCGUCAACUACCUUCACGACAUGGGCAUCGUCCACAGGGAUCUCAAGCCAGAGAACCUGCUGUACUUCAGUGACGAUGACGAGUCCAAGAUCAUGAUAAGUGAUUUCGGCCUGUCAAAGAUCGAGAGUUCAGAUGUCAUGUCUACGGCUUGUGGGACCCCUGGAUAUGUAGCCCCUGAGGUUUUAGCCCAGAAACCCUACGGUAAGGCAGUGGACUGCUGGUCUAUUGGAGUCAUUGCCUAUAUAUUAUUGUGUGGCUAUCCUCCAUUUUAUGACGAGAACGACUCCAAGUUGUUUGAGCAGAUUUUAAAGGCAGAAUACGAAUUUGAUGCACCAUAUUGGGAUGAUAUCUCAGACUCAGCUAAAGAUUUCAUCGGUAAUUUGAUGCAGAAGGACCCAGAAAAGCGUUUCACUUGUGAAGAAGCUCUGGUGCACCCAUGGAUAGCUGGAGAUACCGCGCUUUCCAAGAACAUCCAUGAAUCUGUCAGUCGGCAGAUGAAGAAGAACUUUGCAAAGAGCAAAUGGAGGCAAGCCUUCAAUGCCACCGCCGUGAUCCGCCACAUGCGCCGCCUGCACCUCAGCAGCAGCCUGAACCACAGCGUGGACGCCACCGGCCAUUGGCUGCAGAGCCCCACCUCUGGACCAAUCAAGAGCCAGUCUGUUGACUGCUCCUCCAUCAUUCACAAAGAAGCAGCCUCUCCAGCCAGCGCCUGCAGCAUGGAGUCCAGCAGCAGCCCCUCCUGCGCCGGCUCGACCGAGCCCCGUCAGCCCCGGCCCUCCACCGUCACCACCAUCCACACCGGCAACAACAAAUGACAGCAGAGCCUCGGGGAGGGCUGCCAGGAGGCCGCGACCGCCUGAGGAACGUCGCCAGGCAACGGGCACUCAUCUUCCCACUCUCCCACUUGUACUUGUUCUACUUUCUGCCCAGGGUCCAUGUUUUAUGGAGGACAGCUGUUGGUUUAUGGUGUCGGAGGUCGGAGUUCGCUUUUGUCUGCUGGAGCAGGAUGAGAAGGGGUCUUCUUCAGCGUGGAGGAGGCUGGUUGGUGGGUGUGUGGAUGGAUAAGUUGGUGGGUGGUAUGGAUAGGGGUGAGAAGCUGACCCACAGAGUUGGCCUUAUUUCCAGUCGUUCUGCUGGUCUCUUCUUGAAGGAAGGGGGAGCACCAGAGAUGAGUUGGCUGGGUUUGCACAUGUCAGAGAGAGCCCAUCAUGUUAUUUCCACUUGUGUAUAACAACUACAAGCUGCUGUGAAACUGUAUUGUUUUUUUGCCGCAAGAGAAAGAGUGGGGAGUUUUGAGAGGUGGUCUAAAACAGUUUGAAAACAAAUUGAUAUCAGACAUAUAUCUUGUAGCAAUUGUUGCAUUUUUUCACACAUCAUCAAACUAUUUUUUUCUGGUUCAGUUACGUAUCAUCAGCAGUUGUACAAAAAAAUAGAGUUGAAUUUCAUGACGUGUUUACAGGAUAAGCAUCUGUUUCACUCAAUUGGUCCACAUAAUUGAGGGCAAGAACAUUGAAUAUUUGAGGCAAUGUACUUAUUUUUUCUAAUGGUGUUUUAUGGAUCGGCAUAUGACAUAUGGUAUACCUAGUGUGAAGCUACGAUGCUUUACUUGGUCUUGUUAUUACGUUUGUAUGCCCAUUUCUCUAAAAGGAGAGACUGACGUUUUACUGCAUCUGGUUUUUCUGUUAGAUGUUCUGUAUUCAGUACAAUUUUAUUUGUGACAAUGUUACUUCUUAGGAUAGUUCUUAGGAUAUUAUUGGAAUGGGUUUCAUAUUACACACCAUGCAUUCGUUUUCCUCUCUCUCUCUCUCUCUCUCUUUAAUAAGUUGGCAUCUACAGGUUUUAUCCCAUGUGCACUCAGGAAUUUUGUUAGUUCCACAACCACAACUCUGAUUGGUUGAAUUGGUUUUAUUCGGGCACCGCAGAGCUUUCGUUUAUAAAUUAAUAAUCAUUGGCAGACACUUGUUUACAUUAAGGAGUUGUGAUUAAUUUGAAAUCCUCAUAUAGCCUUGUUGACCUACAGCCAUCUUGGUGAUAAAAUACUUCAUUUGCAUUUUCAGGACAGAAUAAUAAACUUUCACGAAAAUGUCACAACCGGUAGUUCAUGAUGCAGAUGUUGUAUUAAGCAUCUGAUUUCAUUAAUUCAGAAUUGGGCAUCUGCUAAAUCUCAAGUAAAUCGUUAACGGCCCCAAAGUAAUGGACACACUUGCGAUACUAUCUAAUGUGGGUUUGCAGUGGGUAAAAAAUGGUCUGUGUUUGUUUGUACUAUAUGACCAGGUUCUUCAGUUGGGAAGUUGGUGGGUGGUUCAGAUUGAUGUACUUUUCAAUGGCUGGUAUUUGUAACUGAAGAUGUAACAUUAUUUUCGCAAAGAAUCAUUUUAAUGGCUGUAACCAGGUGAUUUGCACAAAAGAAUAUCUCUAUAUUGUGGUUUCAAUAAACAUGUACUAUUCUGUGGACAGGUAGGAAGAACUGUGUCGUUUCAUCGGUGAAAAGUACACACUGAAAAAGUCCAACAUGGAUGUCUUAAAGUAAAUUGUGUCAGUCUUAUGCAGGGUGAAUUGGUUCCUCUGAUUUGUAGGUUUUGAAUAAAAAAGUCAAACAUUCAUAAAAUAUUUAACCUCUUUUGGAAGUGUGUUGUAUGAAGUGUAUCUUAUGCUACUAGUAUGUGAGCAGACAGUGUGACUUUGGAGAAAGGAAAGGAUCUCAUUUCAAGUAAACUGCAGUACUUUUAUUUUACUCAUUUUUUUUCACCUGGCCCAGUAGAAUUCUCUGUUCGAUUGACAUUUGGUUGUACACAUACAGCCAAUCACACAAGUCACAAGUCUGUAAUACAUCAUUGUAUUUCUAUGUUGAAAUGAUUACAGGAAGAAAGCCCCAUGCAUUAUUUUCCCCUCUUGCUUUGAAUGUGUUGAUUUAUCAUUGAGACACUUGAGUUGGCUGCUUUGGCCAUGUGAGAAACCAGCACUACAUCUUCCUGUACCUCUCAAGUCAACUCGACAGUCUUUGGAUGCCUAGCAAACUAACUAACCCAUUCACUCCUGCAAUCUUUAUGACCAGCAACUCAAAUGUAUUUGCACACACUGCUCCAUUGUGUAAUGUAUUGUAAAAGAAUGGGGCACUCUUUGAAUGUUUUUUUGCCUUUGUAUUUUAAAUGAUUGCCAUUGUGGUGAGUCAGGUGCCAAUAAAAGAAGACGAUUAAACGCUUGUCAAUGUUCCUGUCAUGGCCGAUAGCCCAAGUGGUUAUAGUGACCUAACUAUCAUGUGGAGCAACAACACCCUUGUAACUUCUGUAAAGUGUCGUAGAGUGCUUAAUAACAGUGAUGUACUACUGUAUUGUUAUGUGGUCAUAACAAUGCUUUUGGACAAUCACGUCAAGUAUGUCCCAUUACCAAAGAUAAAUUGGUUAUAUUUUCUUCCAAAUAAAUCUUACCUGUCCUACCUAUGUACACA